ACAAUGCCGUGCAUAUUUCUGGCGGCAAUCCGUAUACAAGGUAAAAUCGAUUCAACCCAAGUGUCUCGAACGCCAUGGAUUCUACUUCUGAAAUUGCUGCAUCGAUUAUCGAGGCUGGUGCCACUGGAAACCUCAACCAGCUUAAGGCAAUUAGAAAAAAAGUUGGCGAUGAUUGGGAAUUCAGCAAAAUAUGCGAUCAAUAUACUGACUUUUCCACUGGCUGGAGUGUCUUGCAUCACGCGGUUGGAAUCGGACAUUUUGAGAUGUGCAAAUUCUUGGUCAAGAAAGUUCAAGUUUUUGUUGAUCCCUUGACUUACAAGCGUUCUCUCUCUAUCUCUCUCGUUUCUUCUUGCAAUGUUUAUGUUAAUUUGAACAAAAUUGGGAGUGCCUAUGUGAUUCUUGAUGAAUUGUUUGCAUCAGUUGAUACUCCUAUAACACUAGCUGCCAAAACGGGACAUGCCAAAAUUGUGGAGUUUCUCAUCCGACAUGGUGCUAGAUUUAAUCUUCCAAAUGUUGAGGGAUUCACUCCCUUGCACUAUGCAAUUCUAAAUGGUAAUAUGGAGCUUUUGGAAUUGUUGCGGAACAACAGUGUUUUGUUAAAUCCGGAGUCUGUAAAUGGAACACCUUUACAAAUUGCUGCUUCUCUUGGAAAUGCUCAGGCUGUCAAGUCUCUCUUAUCUCGUGGCGCAAAUCCAGAUCUUUUUUAUACGUUUGGGAAAUCCCCACUUGUACUCGCAGUCAAGUCUCGCUCGUUUGAAUGCCUGAAAUUGCUGCUUGAGGCUAAUGCAAACCCCAAUCUGUAUUUCAACAUGUUAAGUCCUUUGUCAGCUGCUGCAAUAGAUCGUGACACAAAAUUUCUUAAGUCUUUGCUUGCAGCUAAAGCAGAUCCGAAUUUAUCGGAAGAAGAUAUCAUUAAACCUAUCGAGGAGGCUGCUAUGGUGCGUAAUCGUGCAGCUGUGGAGAUUUUGUUUCCACUGACUAAACGGCUUGCACAUUAUCCAAAUUGGACUGUCGAUGGCAUAAUCGAACACAUUCAGUCUGCAGAAUAUAAAGCAGUGGGCAGGGAGAAAAUUCUAUGGCUCUUGGCUGAACUAGACCACAAAGGGAUGCAACUUGCGAGCAAUAAGGAUUUUUACUCUGCAGUCGUACAAUAUAGAACGGUUUCUAAUCUUUUUCCAUCUGACACGACAUGGAUAUCAAAGAUAAGUAUGUGGGAAGCACGGUUGGAUAUACGAGUUCAUGCUAUGCUAGGUGCUCAGAAAUGCCUUAAACUCAUACCAGAACUCCCCGUCCGAAGAGAGAUUGAUGCUGCAGCUAAUGUGAUAUUCAAGAAAUUCCUUAUGGCAAGCCUUGCCUUCUCCUUGGAUCCUUACAACAACGAUAAAGGCCAUUCAUUUAGAGUUUGUUUGUUUGAUUACUUUGUUUGGUUGACUCAGAUGAGCAGUUCAGAUGAGAUUUUGAGUUUGAGCUGAUGUUUAACAUAGAGAUGAUAUUGGAUUGGAUCAAAUCACACUACCAGUUUCAUCUCAAUUUUCAAUGGAAUCAUAUCAAUUAAUGUGAUGAUGAAGUUGUCUCCUUUCUCCUUUCUCUAUAUCAUUUGUAGGCCAAGUCAGAGAUUCAAGAUAUUAUGGACUUGAAGAAUUGCAAUGUAAUAAAACCCUUUUUAAUAAACAGGUGAUUUUUGAAAAAAAUAAAAUAAAAUGUGAAAUGUGAGAA